AUGACCCAGGAGAAAUUUGAUAGAUACCAUUCACAGCAGCCUGUGUGCGGCAGACCUGUGAUCAACAGUGGACUCACUGGAGGUCAAAAUGCACACCCGGGAAGCUGGCCCUGGCAUGUUUUUUUUAAAGAUUCAAGCACAGUCUUUUGUCAAGGAUCCCUGAUCACCAACCAGUGGGUGUUGACAACUGCUUCCUGCAUGAUGUGGCAUAAUGCUAAUGGCUCAGUGGUGCAUCUGGGUGUCUACAACCAGUCAGGUUCCAACCCCAAUGAAGUGACUCGGAAAGUAGCGCAGUACCUCUGUCAUCAAAACUUCAGCACUUUCACCUAUGAGAACGACAUCUGCCUCGUGAAGCUGUCGGCUCCCGUCAACUUUACAGACUACAUCCAGCCAGUCUGCCUAGCUGCAGAAAACAGCACUUUCUAUGAAGGGACUACCAGCUGGGUCACUGGUUUUGGUUACAACCAAAAUGGAUUUCGGCCUGAGAUUCUCCAGGAAGUUGCUGUACCAAUAAUUGGAAACGAGAAGUGCACCUGCCUCUACAAAACUUCCUCCAGUUAUGGUGUUCUACCAACAGAGAAUAAGCUCUGUGCCGGCCAGGAGAAUAGGACAAAGGAGGCAAUUUAUAAAGACGAGGGGACUGCACUAGUGACCAAAAAAGGCUCAAUCUGGGUCCAGAGUGGAAUUCAGAGUCUUUAUUACCAAGACUGGCAGCACAUACCUAGUGUCUACACCCGUGUGUCCCGGUACCAGAAAUGGAUCAGCAACAAAGUCACUGGCAUGGGACCAGGUUUUGUUACUUUUACCUCUCAGGGCAUGGACCCAGACUUGCAUUACACCUGUCCAACAUCAGCGCCUACCACUGCUUAUCACUUUUUCAAUCACAAUUUCUUUAUCCUUACCACUACUCCUGACGACAGCAUUUUUAACAAUGGUGGAAACCUGACCCCACAUCAUUCAUCUCUUUUUGUGUUCUUGAUCUGUUUCUCCCUGUCUUUGUUGGCAUUGGCACAGUACAACUAAAAACGUACUCACGCUGCACUCAAAGCCACAGUUUAGAUGUUUUGAAGUGAUGUUUUGUUGAGUUUUUGCCAAUAAUCAAUUUGCUCCCUUCAUAAGAAAUCACUGAGUGUUGUUGGUUUGAAUCAAAGCAGAUUUCCAGAGCCAUGUAUAAAGAAAUUCUUAAUUGCUAUAGUUUUAAAAACAUUUUUUAAAUACGCAUUUAAACUGACAUAACUUUUGCAUUAAACUGUUAGGUCUGUAGUUAUUUAUGCUUAUCACUGCCAUCGUUUCCACAGGACCAGUGAUGGUCCGUGUGAAACAUGUGCUACAGAAGGUAAACUUGUUCAUACUAACUAGACUGGUCAACUAGUCAGUCAAGAAGAGAAGAGAAAGAGAAAGUUGCAUCAAAAGGCAAACCUCUCAAUUUACUGUUCAGUCUACAUUCCAACCCUCACCUAUAGAAUGGUCAUGAGGU